UUGCAUGCGGCCCACGGUGUGCACGGCGUGUACGGCUUGGCGAAUGCGAUCGGCAGUUGGUUUACGAGCGGCAACUAGCAACUACCAUUAAUAAUAUGUGCAACAGCAAGCAGGCAUGCAUGGGCGCGCGGCGCCCAAGUAUUAUCAUCUAUAUUGUGUCUUUGCUGAAUUAAUUGUUUCACCCGUGCCGCCCAAAAAUGUAACCGUCCACUUAUGUUGUGGCUACUUGUACCGCUGUGUGCUGUGUAACUUCGCCGGUGCGCGGCGUUGCUCCACGCGACGGGUUUAGUGAAAGGAGCCGUUUGUACUAAGAAUUCUGCAAGUUUAUAAUAUUUAUCUGAAAAUUAAAUAGUA